UAAUAUAGUAUAUUUAAAGCAAAGCUUAAUGAACCUUUACAAUCAGUUUUCAAAGAUCAAUUAAAGUAUGCAUCCUCUGAAAUUCUGAGGUCCUCAAACCAGAAACUCUCCUUUAAUCUCUUCCCACUAAGACUACAAACAGAACAAUGUUGGCUUCAUGAAGAGCAAAACUAAAACUGACACGGCCAGUCUAACACAUCUUUAUCCAGUCCUCCUCAGAGGCUAAGAAGCUUUGUAGCCUUUUAUCUGUUAUUUAUAUUUGAUGCUGUCUGGAGCUGAUGUUCUGUCUUUCCUGUCUGUCUGUCAGAGACCAGCUUUCUCCUGGGAAACGCCCAGAUCGUGGAGUGGCCCAUAGUUUACAGUAAUGACGGAUUCUGCAAGCUGUCUGGCUUCCACAGAGCCGAGGUCAUGCAGAAGAGCAGCACAUGCAGUUUUAUGUACGGAGAGCUGACAGACAAGAAGACCAUCGAUAAAGUCAGACAGACGUUCGACAAUUAUGAAUCUAACUGCUUUGAAAUCCUGCUGUACAGAAAGAACAGAAGUCCUGUUUGGUUCUACAUGCAAGUGGCUCCCAUCAGGAAUGAGAAUGACAAGGUGGUGCUGUUCCUCUGCACUUUUAAGGACAUUACCCUCUUCAAGCAGCCCAUCGAAGAUGAAACUACUAAAGGAUGGACCAAAUUUGCACGGCUCACACGUGCACUCACCAACAACCGCAACACCCUACAGCAACUGGCGCCUAUUGGCAAACAUGAAGUCAGCCAUAAACAGUCCAGACUGGCUGAGGUUUUGCAGCUAAACUCUGACAUCCUCCCGCAGUACAAGCAGGAAGCCCCCAAGACACCACCUCACAUAAUACUUCACUACUGCACCUUCAAGACCACUUGGGACUGGGUCAUCCUCAUCCUCACCUUCUACACGGCCAUCAUGGUGCCCUACAAUGUCUCUUUUAAGACCAAGCAGAACAACAUUGUUUGGCUGGUGCUAGACAGCGUAGUCGACGUCAUCUUCCUGGUGGAUAUCGUUCUCAACUUCCACACCACCUUCGUGGGGCCCGGUGGAGAGGUGAUCUCUGACCCCAAACUCAUUCGGAUGAACUAUCUGAAGACUUGGUUCGUCAUCGACCUGCUGUCGUGCCUGCCCUAUGACAUCAUCAAUGCCUUUGAGAAUGUGGAUGAGGGCAUCAGUAGCCUGUUCAGCUCUCUGAAGGUGGUCCGCCUGCUGCGUCUGGGCCGGGUGGCCAGAAAAUUGGACCACUACCUGGAGUAUGGUGCUGCUGUUCUGGUCCUCCUGGUCUGCGUGUUUGGACUGGUGGCCCACUGGCUUGCCUGCAUCUGGUACAGCAUCGGAGACUACGAAGUUAUCGAUGAAGCCACCAACACCAUCAAGAUGGACAGUUGGCUUUAUCAGCUGGCUAUCAGCAUUGGAUCGCCUUACCAAUACAAUGCCAGCGGUUCUGGAGAAUGGGAGGGCGGCCCUGGCAAGGAUUCUCUGUAUAUCACGUCCCUGUAUUUCACCAUGACCAGCUUGACGACCAUUGGAUUUGGAAACAUUGCCCCCACCACAGACGGAGAGAAGAUCUUUUCUGUGGCCAUGAUGAUGGUGGGAUCUCUGCUCUAUGCCACCAUCUUUGGAAAUGUGACCACGAUUUUCCAGCAGAUGUAUGCCAACACCAAUCGCUACCAUGAGAUGCUCAACAAUGUCAGGGAUUUCCUGAAACUCUACCAAGUUCCCAAGGGUCUAAGUGAGAGGGUGAUGGACUACAUCGUCUCCACCUGGUCCAUGACCAAAGGCAUCGACACGGAAAAGGUCUUAUCCAUCUGUCCCAAGGACAUGCGGGCCGACAUCUGUGUCCAUCUCAACAGGAAGGUGUUCAACGAACAUCCAGCAUUCAGGUUAGCUAGUGAUGGCUGCCUGCGCUCACUGGCAGUCGAGUUUCAGACCACCCACUGCGCUCCAGGAGACCUGAUCUUUCACGCCGGGGAGAGCGUUGACACCCUCUGUUUCGUGGUGUCGGGGUCACUGGAGGUCAUCCAGGACGACGAAGUCAUUGCCAUCUUAGGAAAAGGUGACGUGUUCGGAGAUGUCUUUUGGAAAGAAACGACUCUUGCACAUGCGUGUGCAAAUGUUAGAGCGCUUACCUACUGUGACCUCCACGUCAUCAAGAGGGAAGCUUUGCUCAAAGUUUUGGAGUUUUACAGUUCCUUCGCCAACUCUUUCUCCCGCAACCUCAUCCUCACCUGUAACUUGCGCAAGCGGAUAAUUUUCCGCAAGAUCAGUGAGGUGAAGAAGGAGGAGGAGGAGAGACAGCGAGCGAAGAACGAGGUACAGCUCACCAUCCCACAGGACCAUCCUGUCCGCAAGCUUUUCCAGAAGUUCAAGCAGCAGAAGGAGCUCCGCAACCAAGGAGCCGCAGCUGCCUCGCAACUAGACCUGGAGAAGAACCAGCUGCAGGUGGAGCACCACCAGCACCUGCAUCCCCACACCCUGCAGCUCGGCCACUCCAGUCUGCAGCACUCCCUGCCGCUCACCCUGCAGCGGCCCCUCACCUCCAUGCAGAACGGGGCUCCACCCAGCAGCAGCGUUCUGACUGUGUCUCAGGUCACACCCAUGCAGAGCUCUCUGGCUUACGGCCAUCCCAGCGAGGCACCUGCAAAGCAGAACAACUGUGACAUCAUGGAGCUGCAGCCCAGUUCUGCUGGAGGGGGCAGCGAGCAAACUGUCAGGCUCAAAGUCAGCACCAGCCCUGCGCUUGGAAAGCCGGCCGCCAAGGCGAGUGGCUGGAUGCGCCUCAAAAACAACAUGGCUCCGGCGGAGACGAGGAAGGAGGGUCUUAACAACAAUGUCAAGGCUGUUUCCGUGGAGAUGCUCUCUCAGGACGGUAAAGGUCGGGAAACAGGGGGGAGCAGGGAUGUAGAGGAAGGUGGGGUCUCCAGCAACAACCCACUUCGCAAGACGGACUCCUGUGACAGUGGAAUCACUAAGAGCGAGCUGCGCAUCGACCGGGCAGGGGAGCCGCGGACCCCAGCGGCAGUUACCCCACUUCUCCACAGCCCUCUUCCCGGAGGAGUGGGGUCCCCUCACUCUUUCUGCCCCAUACCGGAACAGGCCCUGCAGGCUGCAUUGCACGAGACCCGGAUGGAGCUCCGGGGGGACAUCCAGACUCUGGGAGGCCGUCUGGGCGCCCUGGAGAGUCAGGUAGCUGAAAUUAUCAAACUGCUGUCGGAUAAGAGACAGCCGUCCACGGGGGCGCCACCUGCCUCUGCCACGCCCAAAACCAAAAUACAACGGCAAGACAUUUUCACCGUCUCCAGGCCCGUUUCUCCAGACUCAGAGAAAGACGACGGGCUCUGAAGAGAGCUGAACCAGCGGUGCAGAGUGCGCACUGGACUAACAGAGAUUAUAUUAACAUUAGCUCUAUCAAUUCAAGGUUACUCUCAUUUUUGGGCAUCCUCUUGGACUCUCGUACACCGCUGGUCUCAAUUCCAAAUUGAAAAAAAAAAAAACUGGCUUCUUGUUUGCACACUGAUUUUUUUUGUCUCCAGGUGAUGUGAGAGUCUUUACUCUCCAGUCACCCGGACUCUGUUUUCUUUUUGAUUGUACAUACCUCUCUAUGCAUGUCCAGCUGGAUUCUGGCCUGCCAAAGAAACAACUACUAAACGUACUUAUUGCCUGUAUAUUAUGCAGUUGACUGCAUGCAAAUAAGAUUCAAAGAGACAUUUUAUUGAGCUACACUGUACAUAUAAAUAUUUUUCAUUGAUGAAUUUACUAUGUGGACAUUCAGGGUUUGCAUACUAGUAGCACUAUAAACAUUGAAUAUCUCAAAGGGUUUACAGGCAGAUGGAUUGUGCAUGGAUUAUUUAUACAUAGAGAAGUUAUAAGGGGACAGAGGUUUUGUUUCAUUUCUUUUGCCUGUCAGAUGAAGCAGAUGUGUGAUUCUGUCCUCACGCCACAGAGAUGUGAGGAUGUGAGGAUCAGCAUCUGUUAAAACAGGGAGGGAAAUUUCUGAUAUGUUUUUCUAAUAUAUAUAUAUAUAAUAACAAUAAUAAUAAUGAUCAUUGAUUUCUAUUUUUGAUUACAGAAAUGCCCUUGGCCUCAGUUUGAUAUGUAAACCCUGAAAAAUGCUUGUUUUGUUUGAGCCCUCCUUGUGUCUAUGCAUCACUCGGGUACGCUGCCAGAAUAUUGUACCUUUGUAAUCUCGUUGAUGAAUGAUGUUUUUUGUUUAGUUUUCUUUGGGGUUUUUUGUUCCAUUCCUCUGCAUGAAUCAGGGAUGGCAGAAUGCACUUUUGGGUAAAGUUGGGGUGACAAGAAGGCUUUGGGGAAAUAACACAGUUCACGCAAAAGUCCACUCAGCACAGUGACAUGUAAUCCCACGGCCCCAGCAACAAACACGGCAGUCUUAACCAGCUAGCGUCUCUCUGAAGCCUGCUCUGAAUUCCAUUAAGCAGCAACAGCUUUGCCUCAAAGCUAGCAAGUCAUAAAAAUGGAAUAGUGUACUUUCUAUGAUAUAAUUUUUUGUAAAAAAUCUGCAUGUGAAGGAGCAGUUUUAUGCUCCGCAGUGCUUACAAAUACACGUGUGAGAAGUGACACAUUUGCUUCAUGCAUACACAUGCAGUGUGAAGGCGUCUCGUGGUGUGAACCCUGAAGGCUCGCAAAGACCUUUUCUUCACACAAGCCAGAUCAGUUGGUUUGUCAGAAGUCACAGUCUUUUCAGGUCCUCUGUGAAUUGGACAAUGUCCCUCCUCCUACCAGCGCUCAUUCCCUGAAAAAACACACACACACUCUCAGAAUCAUAUUUAAUAAGACAAUGAUAAGAACACAAAUGUACAGUAGCCAUCAUGAAAGUUUUAUAAACAUUUAAUUAUUUUCUGGUGGUUAUAUCAAAUGAAUAGCUGAAUGAAUAGUAAGUUAAAUAGUUAACAGUAGUAAAUAUGCCAAAAAGUAAAGAAUUAUAUUCAAAACUGAGGAUUUUGCAGUUUGUCCUCUGCACAGUGAAUGGUUUGGUUUAAACACAAGAACCUGUUUUGAUGCUGCUGCAAAGUAUCUUCUAACAAGCACUUGGCGACAGUAGGAAGGAAAAACUCCCUUUUAAGCAGGAAGAAACCUCUGGAUGUUGCUUCCUCUGCCCAGGGAGCGACAGCCAUCUGCUGCGACCAGUUGGGAGUGAAGGGAGGGUGACAGGACAAAAAAAAGAGAUACUCCAUUAUAGGUUUUUGUCAAAAGAGUGGAUGGGUGUGGAAACUGCUUCUGCAAGAAAUCUAAUGACAUAAAAAGAAACACUUUUUAACCCUAUGCCAUAACCUUCCAAGCCAUUCAGUCAAUCCAGGCUUUGUUGACCCAAGCUUAGAAAUAGGGUUAAAAGGGAUUCAUGCCUAUCAUACAAGUUCUCUUGUAGAUUUCCUGCUGCUGAAGGCUAAAUCAGUCCUUAGAGGGAACCUGCAUGCAAUUAUUUCUAUAUCAUAUUAAAAUCAAUCCUCUCAAUAUUUAGCCUCGCUUUACAUCUUUGCUGAGCUUCUGAUAAGCAUAGAUAAUCUCUAUCAUCUCCCAUGUGAACAAAUAGGAGUACAAACCCUAAAGAUGUCUUCCAGGAGGCUGUUAGGAACAAGUCUUACCUCUUUGGAUUCACAUUAACCAGACUAAUGCAUCAUAUUGAACUUGAUUGACUGUCAGAAUGUCACACUGCUGAUCCAGGAAAUCUACAGACAAGACAAAUUAGUAGCUUAGGCAACACCAAGGAGAUACAUGCAAGUUCCAAAGCGAUCGCCCUCCAUUGUCGACAUAAAACAUGUAGUCUAGAAAGUGGUGAAAUGUAAUCAAUUGUUACUCUAUGGAUGAAUGUACACUGCUUGAUUUGUAAAGUAGAAGUGACCAAUAGAAUUCUAACAAAUCAGAACCUAGAUGCCUUUCAGUGGUGCUAUCGGCACCAUGUCUUCUUUCUGUUCUCACACCUCAUCUCUGCCCCCUUUGCGUGCCGUUAGGAUUCACAGCAGAAAUUUAAACCAUCAUGACUACACAAACUGAUAUAGUGACCAUUUCAAAAGACAUAUAUUGUGCUGUCUGAUCUUGACUGACGCCCAUGCUUGAAAAAUAACAAAUUAAGGGAUGUUUUGCUAUAAUUUUAAUGAGCCCAGUUACAACUCUUGAUUUUUAUUCUGGUGAAACUUCACCAAAACAAUUGUCAUCUUUGGUGCAGCAAAAACGAAGCAUUUAUUCUGAAUGUUCCUGCCAUUUCUCGUGAUUAUAGGUGUGAAGGCUCAUUCAAAUUCAUUUCUCUCUGUUCUCUACAGGCAGAAAAAUAAUGAGAAAUUAUAACUUUAUGAUGCUAAUUGGCAUAAAAUCACAGUAGUCCGAGUUAGACAUUAGAUUUCUGUCACGACAUGCUAAUCAGGUUGUUCAAUUUGGAAAGAAUACAGUUUUAAUGGCUGCAGUUAUGCAAAUGACAACAUUUAAUUUAAAUUGGAAAUUCAUCCUGUCAGCACAGGCCCAUUCCCUCUACCAACAUCUUUUUUUACACUCACACUUGGUCACUUGCCACGGCGGGCCAUAUACUCUGUGCUUCAGGCCGCUAAGCAGAUCCCCUGCUGGAAUCAGCAGCAAGUGCCUUGCUCAGGGGAAACGCAGCAGCAUUUUCAGUCAACUUGGCUCCAGUGAUUGUUGCAGAAAUCAUCUUCAGUGAUGGCUACCAAUGUAUGUGUGUAGUGCAAAACAUGCCAGUGUGCUUCACGUCACUUAACAGUUGGAGUCAAUAUCACGCAAAGCGAGAUAUUAUAGUAAUUAUUCAAAGUAUAUCCAUCAGGGGAGUUUCACAUUGAUCUCUUGCUUCAGCUUUGGACAAGAGAUCUUGAAAACAUCAAAACUCUCAAGCUAAAUGCUACAUUCCACAUAUUGGCUUGCGUAUAUUCAAAGUUCUCCAACUGAAGCUGUGAAAUUCAGUUUAAGAUCUGGUUUUGUUCACACGUUGCACUGUGCACGGUGAGACCUACCAAACAAGCUUAUUUAGAUGGUAAGCAGAUGGUAGUGUGUGAAAGGGUUUUGUAGUUUGACCAACUGGGCAUGACUCACUGUGGCUUUACCCCCACCACACGCUCAGCUACCAACAAAGACUCUUCUAUGGAAAUGUUAAAAGCUUUUUGGGAAACUAGGAAAUCACUUACUGACACAGCAGGAGGAGGAGUGAGUGCAGCAGUAAAAUUAAUUACUUAAUAGCUCUCAGAAAGUACCAAACAUCCCAGACUUUUUCUCUUCUUAAGUCUAGGGAGAAUUUGAAAGACGUGUUUUGUCGGAUGUUAUCAUAUUAGAAUUUAUAACAAAAAUAAAGCCACAACACAAGACAAGACAAACUCCUUAGAAAGGGAUCAUUUCUUUACAUUUGUGGCUAUGGAGGAGUCUAAUAUGUUUUCACAAAAAGACAUGAGAUCAAUGUCACAUACUCGUGUUUGGAGUAUAUCAUAUGCUGUUUUUCUCUACCUGACGGAAAGAUUUUCCUCACAGACAAAUACAGCACGUGCUAUAAAAAAAAAGAAUUAGAGUACUUCCUUAACCUAAAAGUAUCACGUUAGGGUUAACUUCUCACCCAGAACAUCACCUAUAAUCGAUUCAAAAAUGUCUUCUUAAAAUUAUUCAGUGCAAUAAAAUAUGUGUUAGAAUAAAUAUCCAUUAAGCAAAGAGUACAAUGUAUCAAACAUGGAACUAAAAUGUGUAUUUUUAUUUAAAAAAAACCCACAUUAUUCAUACCCCAAAUAAACAGCUUGGUUUCAUUUAUAACUGACUUGUUCAGGAUCUCUUGCUGUCGCUAAGUAGCAUUGCUUUUCAAUGCGAGGGGUUAAAGAAUGUAUUUUAUAAACACUUAAAUGCCACUUUUUUAGAUACACUUGUUCAACUGCUUAUUAACAAAAUAUCUAAUCAGCCAAACACAUGGCGGCUCCUCAAUGAAUGUGGGCACAUAGGGAUGGUCAAGGCGACCAUCUGAAGCUCAAAGUGAGCAUCAGAAUAAGAAAGAAAGGUGGUUUAAGUGAGUUUGAUAGUGACGUGUUUGUUGGUGCUAGACGCGCAGGUCUGAGGCUUUCAGAAACUGCUGAUCUACUGAAAGUUUCCCACAUAGCCAUUACUAGGGUUUGCUGAUGAGAGAAAAAUGGCCAAGCUACAUCGAGCUGAUAGAAAGGCAACAGUAAUAAUCACUUGUUACAACCCAGGUAUGCUGAUAAACAUCUCUGAAUGGACAACACAUUGAACCUUGGAGUAGGUGUAAGCAUGGAUUCAUCCUACCUUGUAUGAAUAUUUCAGGCUAAUAGUGGUGGUGGAAGGAUGUAGGGGGUAUUUUCUUUGCACAUUUUGGGCCCUUUAGUAUGAAUAUAGCAUCAUGUUAAUGUCAACACCCUACCUGUGUUGUUGCUGACUGUGUCCAUCCCUUUAUGAUCAGUGUAGCCAUCUCCUGACGGCUGCAGGAUAACGGGCUAUGUGACAAAGCUAAAAAAAAAUUGAAGAUGAUCUCAAACUGCUCUGGUGAACGCAACAGUGAGUUCAUUGUACUGAAACGGCCUCCACAGUCAUGUUUGUACUCGUUCCAAAUGGAGUUCAAAUUAAAAUAAACAGUGUCAUUAAAAUUUAGCUUUACCAAGAAGAGAAUGUGUGAUUCAUAGUGGUCAGAGUGUCAACCCAAACCGCUGCAAAAGUGCUAAUCAGAUCAAUCCACCAUGAAGGUUUCUUUUUGUAAUUUUUCAUUAAAAAUCAUGUAUUGGUCGAUGUGUUCUCUAUAAACAGACACAUAUUGACUUUUUAUAGUCUCCUUAUAGUCCAGGUACUACAGACCUACUGAGGGUCUGAGCACAGUCUGGUUUUAUGCAGGUAAACAUGGAGUCAACAGCAUAAGAUGAGCUGCAUCUUAAAUGCACCUUAAAUGCAGUUUAGAAACCAUCAGCUGCCAUUUAAUGAUGGUUUUGCUUUUUGCAAGUUCUUAAAAACUUACUUGCAUUUUGUAAACAAUGCAAACAAUGAUCAGCAGACGGAACAGGAAGUCUUGGCCUGGAUGCAAACUUCAAAAUAUUGGUUUCCAAUUGGUUGUCUGUUUUUCACACAGCAGCAAGUCUUAAGACAAGACUGUGAGCACCUUGGAAGUGCUAAGUAAGAUAAGUUUGAAGAAGUAACCCUAAAUUUUGCAUUAGCAAUACUGCUAUUCUGUCCUCAGACAUAAAAAUCAUCCCCUGAGUAGUUGCAGUACAUGAUGAGGUGCAGGACAGGGGGCUCACAGGAGAACUUGCAGCACUGGAUCGAGUUUGAGAGCUUUCCUGUCAGCGAAUUUACCUGAAACUUUACGGCUUGUCUGAGGAGAAACAGCAGCGUCCUCGUCCUCGGCUUUAUUAAUUUGACAAGCGAGUGAAGGGCAACUCUGUGAUCUGAGGCCUAUAUACACACAGACACACACACACCUACACACACACACCUUUCAGCACAGGAUUUUUCGGCUUUGCCGCUUGAAUGUACAAACCCCCCUCCAACCCCACUCCCACUCCAAAUACUGUCCCUUCUCUGUGCUCUGAGAAUUUCUUCUGGAGUAGGGAUGGAAGUUUUUCCCUUUUCUCUUCUUUUCUUUUGAUUUCUGAAAAAAAUAUUUUGCUUUUCUCUACUUUUUGGAAGCGUCCCUUUGCUGUAUCUUUUGCCUUGAACCUGGUAAGAAGUCCUGCUCUGUCUCACUUCCUUUUCCUAUGAGCACCUUGGUUUUUUAGUUUUAUUAUUUAUUUAUUUAUGUUUUGUCAUUUUGGGUCUCCUCCACCUUCACCCUUCUGAUCCUCCAUUCUCUCUCCCUUCUCAAUGAUCCCCACUCACAUAACUGCAACUGCUCCCAUAAGCAUGUUGAUGAAGCAACGUCUUCUUUGUCGUGCCAACUGACUGACAAACCACAAACGCGCCAAUCUUGGGAUGGGCGGGCAGGACAGAGGGGCCUCAUUUAUUAAAAUUAUCCUUUGGUUUGUAUUUGAUUCUGCAUAGUGCGUCUGAGAUGACUCAAAAAGAAAUGGAAGUCAUUUCUCAGAGAGUGAUAGAAUUGUUUUUUUUAUCUUUUCACUUAUCUACACAACCUGCAGACUUUUUUCACCUGAAUUAAUUUUUCAUCAAUCUCACCUUUAGCUCAAACUUUGGAUCCUUUUAAUAAAUGGGGCCCACUAGAAAAGCUUUUCUACUUUUUUUUCUGCUGGAAUGUUUUCAAUUUCUACUGUAUUGUUGAAGCAGUGGUAUGACACAGCACUGGAUUCCCACACUGACUCAUGUAUUGUUUUGCAGUUGCACACCUAAACUGUAGUGUCAGAAUAAUAAACAUCCAUCUGGGAUACUCUCGCUGGGCUUCCUGUCUGGUUCUCUGUUUUCAGUGAGAGCUUCCUUUGCACUCAUCUUCCAAAACAAGCAUUAAUGAAUCAAUGAUCUUUUGCUUUUUGACACCUAAAAGGAGUUCAAAGAACCUUAUUGAGCUGUGGUGGCUAAAAGCAUAAAAGAUUAAUUGUUUUCCUAAAACUGUUUGAAUGUCUUUUUACCCAUGUUAAAGUCAAAGCCACUUCCCCACUACCUUAGCAAGACUCAGACAGAUUUCAUGAAAUUAGGCAGAGAGGGGUGGCAUGAGAAAAGGAAUGAUUAAAAUACACUUUGUGGAUAAAGGUUCUGGGCCACCUGCUGUACACAUACUGUACUGAGGCGUGUAUGCACUACACUCACUUUACGUAAGUUUCCGAGGUCUGAGUUCCUGUAACUUUCAUUUCCAUAUCUGUGGCGACGGUGUGGUCCCUGGCUCAGCUGCAGGGAAGGGUUGGUGCAAUGAGCUCAAGGGGCAGAGCCAGGCAGGUGGGUCAACAUGGGGUGAUGAUGGAGCUGUUUUUAGUCACGCUGGAGUGGAGAGGAAUGAGGUCAGAAUGUGUACCUCUUCCCGAUGGGACAUGCCCGGAACACCUCGCAUACUUGUCAGGUUCCCUAACCACCUUGGAUACAUGUACAAUGUUCCUGAAUACGUUUUUUUGGGGGGGACAA